AUGAGGAAAUAUGUUGCGUGGAUGAUUCCCCUCCCGAUCGCUGUGCAAUGCGGCGAUCUGUUGUGGAGUGGAAUCUUCAAUUCUUCUGCCUCCGUUGCCGACUUUGACAAAUGGUCCUGGUCAAACCAGAUUGCGCCUUGGCAGUGGUACAUUCACGGCACUGGAAAUACCUCUGAAUAUCUUGGACUUUCGUCGGACUUUAAGAAUCCAGCGGAUACUAGUGAUUCCCAGGGUAUUCGGAUAUCUAUUGAUGGAACCUCCUUUUGGAAUGGUCAGACCAUGGAGCGGAGUGAGAUCAUCCCCCAAACCUCCGAGGACUUGGGUAGUGGGCGCCUGUUCUAUCAUUUCUCGUUGAUGACCAACACUACAAAUCCCCCAAGCCCUAAGUUCGAACAUCAAAUCGCGUUCUUUGAGAGCCACUUCACCGAGUUAAAGUACGGCUUGCUGAGCGGCGACUCGGCCAGCGAGGACAACACACUGCGUUGGUGUGUGAGCGGAACGACGGAAUGGUCUACCCAGCUCGAAGCCGAGAACUGGUACAAUUUCGCCUAUGAUAUCGACUUUGACGCGCAGACUGUCUCGCUGUGGGCAAGUAAUGGCUCUGAUCCAUUGACUGCCGUUGUCACUGGUGUCAGUGCAUCGACUUCGACCAACUCUGCUGAUUGGCAUAUUGGCGAGCUACGACUCGACAAUGGAGGCACCGACUCAGAUGCAGAGGACUGGUUUUGGUCUGGCAUCUUUGUGGAAAACGCUCCGAUUACAGCCACCAUUGCGGGUCCAUUGGCGGGCCAGUCGGAAUGA